GUUCGGGAUCCGGGGCUUGCAGCAUGGCACAAUGGAAUAUAAUUAUCUGCUGGAUCUUCGUGUAGAGGACUAAGGAACUCGAUCCUCCAUCAUAUCUAGCACGAUGCCUGGAGAUAUCGUACUUGGUGACUUGGCUUACGAUGGCCGAGUCAUUCUGUAUAUUAUUAAAGCGGAUCAAACUAACUAUAUCAACUACAUCAAACCAUUGAUAUUGGUCGAAGAGCUCGGUCUCGACUAUGUCAUCGCAGUCAUCGAUACCAAGUCGUCGUUGUACUACAGUAUCCAUCCAGAACGAUACGUGCCUGCCUUGAAAGACUGGUGCUCAGUCACGGAGAAUGAAAUUACAGUAUUCGAAGGUACUGCUUGCCUGCAGUAUCUUGCUGAACAAUACGAUGCCCAAGGGGUGUGGACCGGGAGGAACCCGGCUGAGAAGGCAGCCGUGCUUUCAUGGACUGCAUAUCAGACUGCUGGACUUGGGGCGACGGCAAAGUACUGGCUGUAUUUCUUGAAAGGAUAUCCCAGUCGUCAAAACCCAGAAGUGCUGCCGAAGACUGUAGCCAAAUUACACGAGAACUGUGUCAAGCAGUGGCAAAUUCUGGAACAAAGACUUGCCCUCCCGAAUCAGCAAUACAUUGCUCUUCCCGACAGACCAACUGUGGCAGAUCUGUCUUAUUUUCCAUUCGCUAUGCCCUGGAUGUUUAAGUUUCUAGAUGUAAACCUGCAAGAUUAUCCCAAUAUCAAAGGUUGGGGUGAGCGAAUGGGCGAUAGACCAGCCGUCAAGGCAGUGUUGGAACGUGGUCCUACAUAUGGCCAUGACAUGGAUGAAAAAUAAUGUAGUAGUUUUUAGCCC